UCCAUAUCCCCCUCCCCUUUAUAACCCCAUGCAUCUUAAGUUCAGUCGAUCCACAAUUUCAUAGAGAUAGCAGCACCCAUACUUGUUAGCUUCUACUACAAGAUCAGUACAAGACAAACAAUCAUAGGGGAGAGGCCAAAAGAACAAUACAAUGGCGGAACUUGCCAUAGGGAUUUCCAAGACCGCAGUGGAAGCUCUCUUGAAUAAGGUGAAGACCGCCAUCAAGGAGGAGGCCGAGCAAUUGCAGAUCGUGGAACGUGAUAUUAGUUUCAUCAAGGACGAGUUCGAGAUGAUGCAGUCCUUCCUCAUCAAGGCCUCCAGUGGGGAGGGCAUGAAGAACCAGGUAGCGAGGACCUGGGUGAGGCAGGUACGUGACCUGUCCUAUGACACCGAAGAUUGCAUUGAUUACGUCGUCCUUCACCUGGACAAAAAGAGGUCAUUUUUGCAACGCUUACUGCGGUUCAACAUGCUACAAAAACCACUUACCCUUGACCAAGCCGUCGCUGAGAUAAAGCGGCUCAGGGCACGAGCUGAGGAAGUGAACCAGAGGAACAUGCGCUACAACCAGAUUGGCAACUCUAAAGAGCAGGUGCAGCAGACAACUGCUGCCAACCAAAUGGUAUUGGAUAUCAUCAAGAAGCCGACAGAUGCCUUUGACAAUCAGGAGGAUAUUUUGGAUCUCACCAGAUUGAUAAAGAUGGAAGACAAGGGCCUUCAAGUGAUUUCUGUUUGUGGAACAGGUGGCGAUCUAGGUGUAAUUUCCAUCAUCAAGAAGACAUAUGAGGACCCAGAAAUCUGCAAAAUGUUUGAGUGCCGCGCGUGGGUGAAGCUGGUGCGUCCUUUCAAUCCACAUGAGUUCAUCCGGAGCUUGUUAGCUGGGUUCUAUGCAAACUCUCCCAGCCAAGAGCCAGAGCUGGGUUCUGGAAACUCCCACAUCAAUGGAGGUCCAGGGAAGCGACUUUUUAGCAUCCUUACCCUUGCAGAAUUUGCAAAGAAGCUAGUUGGAACUCAGGAUGUCCACUUUUUAGGUGCGAAGGUACUAGAGACGAUGAAGGCUACCCAAGACAAUAUCAAUACAGAUUACAUGGAGAUAAUCAAGAAGAAGGCAUACCUCAUCGUCCUAGAAGACCUUUCAAGCAUAGAAGAGUGGAACGCCAUCAAGACGUUCAUGCCAGACCUGAGGAAUGGCAGCCGGAUUGUUGUAUCAACGCAGCAGCUUGAGAUUGCAAGCCUGUGCCCGGAGCAGACAAACCAUGGGUUGCUCCGUGAAUUCUCAACUGAUCACUCUGUCUAUGCCUUCUUCAAGGCGCUUCCAAGAAAACAUCAGAAAGAUAUUUCACGUGUAUUUCUAAUAUAA